UCACCUGGCUACCAACAGCACCUUGCCAUGCGCUUUGCCAUUGAUGAAAUCAACAACUCAACCUCUCUGCUCCCCGGCAUCACGCUCGGCUAUGAAAUCCACGACACCUGCAAUGACGAAGUUGUGGCCACCAAGCUUGCCAUCUCCUUCCUUUCCGAGGAUCCCAGCAGCAGCCUUGCAAUGCAAUGCAGUUACACCGACUACAAGCCUCGGGUCAUGGCUGUGGUCGGCCCCAACGUUUCAGGGCUGAGCAUGCUAGUGGCUCAAGUCUUGAAUUUCCUCUCCAUCCCUCAGAUAAGCGCUGGGAGCUCCAGCAGUAAGCUGAGUGACAAGCAACUGUACCCGUCCUUUUUCCGAACCAUCCCCAGCGAUCAAAACCAAGCGGGCGCCAUGGUUCAACUGCUGAACUAUUUCAACUGGAACUGGGUGGCUGCUCUGGUAACGGACAAUGAAUAUGGCCGCCAAGUCCUGGAGGUCUUUGUCCAGUUUGCUCUCUGCAGGGAUAUGUGCGUGGCCUAUGAAGCCACCUUCCCACGCAAUCAGGAUGAAAUUCAGAGAAAAGAAGAGCUAACCAAAAUAGUGAAUCAGCUGGAGGUCUCCCGCAUCAACGCUACUGUCAUCUUCUCACAUUCCAGCGAAACUGAGGAACUGCUCCGGGUCGUGGUUGGAAGGGGAAUUACCGGCAAAGUAUGGAUCGCCAGCGAAUGUUGGUCAACGUCCUCCACUAUUGCACUCAUCCCAAACCUGACCAAGAUCGGCACGGUGCUUGGGAUGGCUGUAGAAAGCGGGGAGAUGCCCGGCUUCCAGGAAUAUAUCCAGAAUGUCCUACGGGACCAGAAGAGUCCCAAUGUCCCUGACACCUGCCCUGAAUGCAGGUAUCUAAGCCUGGCCAACUUCUCCACCAAGUUCUUCGAGACGUUCAACACCUACAAGGCCGUCUACGCCAUCGCCCAUGCUCUCCAUCAGCUGCUGAAUUGCAGCACUAUCCAUAAGACGUGUGACUUGGACCGAGAAAUCUAUCCUUGGCAACUUCUGGAGGAAAUACCGAAGGUCAACUUCACCAUCGAAUCUCAGCCGGUGAACUUCAGCAAGACAGGAGAUCCACCAGCAGGUUAUGAUCUCCUCUUUUGGGACUGGAUCCUGCCCAAUAACCAUAUGUUUGCAGUCGUCGGCAGAUAUGAUGCUUUGACGCACAAUCUCAAUAUCAAUGAGUCACAGAUCCGCUGGAGCACAGAGAACGGGAAGGCCCCUGUCUCCAGAUGUACGCAGGGCUGCAAGCCGGGGCAGAAGCGGUGGCUGAGAGGCGAACACAACUGCUGUUACCAAUGUGAGGACUGCCCAGCUGGUUACUUCCAGGAUAAAAACAAGCCGGACGAAUGCACUCCAUGCUCUAAAAACGAAUGGUCUACCGCGCGGAGCACAACAUGCCAGCAGAGAGUGGUGGAGUAUCUGGAAAUUACCGAUCUCAUUGCCAUCAUCAUGGUGGCACUGACUAUGGUGGUGUUUGCUCAGAUGGUUGCCGUCACUGGGAUUUUUGCCAUGUACCGGGGCACGCCGGGCAUGCGGUACGUUGGUGGUUUCUCAUUGCAAUCCAUCCUCUUCUCCACAACUUGCUUCUGCAUCAGCUUCCCGUUUUUCGUCAUGAAGCCCACGAGGGCGAUCUGCAAGGUCCGUCAGCCCCUCUUCUUCGGCAGCUUCACCAUCACCUUGUCCACGUUGCUCGGCAAGACUAUCCAAAGCGUGGGACUCGACCAAAUCUUGAAGAGGCCUUGGGUGAGGAACCAUGUGAUGGUCCUCUGCAUUACUUUCAACGCAGCUCUCCAAGGUCUCCUCUGUCUCUUUUGGUACUAUUGGGAACCUCCUAUCUUGGAGGAAAACACGGAGAUGGAGAGGACCGUCCUGCUACAAUGCCAUGACAGCAAGUUCCCUGGCUUUGGGAUCCUCCUUGCCCACGACUAUUGCCUGACCGCUAUUUGCUUUGCUUGCUCUCUUGUGGGCUACAACUCAGAGAAGAAGGAGGGCAACAGAGCCGCCCAGUCCAUCAACUUCGCCAUGCUCCUCAUCCUCAUCAUCUGGAUCAUCUUCAUCCCCACCUAUUCCACCACCCAAGGCAAAUUUGUCGCCUUGUUCCAGGUCUUUGCAGGCCUGGCCAGCAUCUUCGCCAUCUUUGGCUCCUACUACUACCCGGUGUGUUACGUCAUGCUCUUUGCGCCUCACUUGAACACCGACAACUACUUCCGCCUGGUCCAGGACCCUCCCAUGGACAACAAGGAACCAAGCACCAGAGAAGACAAAUAAGGGA